AUGGCCCGCCCCGGGCCCCGCGCCCCCGGCCGCCCCCUCCUCCUGCUGCUGCUGUGCGCGCUGGCGCCCGGCGCCCCCCACGCCUCGCCAGGGCCCAGCACGGCGGCCCGCCCGGAGGCGGCGGCCCCGGAGGCGGCCCCGGAGGCGGAGGCGGCGCGGGACAUCGUGCACCCGGUGCGCGUGGACGCGGGCGGCGCCUUCCUGUCCUACGAGCUGUGGCCGCGCGCGCUGCGCAAACGGACCGCCGAGGCCGGGCCCGGCGUGGCCUUCGCCCACUACCAGCUGCGCCUCCGCGGCCAGGACCUGCGGCUGCACCUGGGCGCCGCCCCCGACCUGCUGGCGCCCGGCUUCGUGAGCGAGACCCGCCGGCCGGGCGGCCUGGGCGCCGCGCGCAUCCGCCGGCCCGCGCCGCCCGCCUGCCACCUGCAGGGCCGCGUGCAGGGCGCCGCGCAGGGGGGCGGCCCCGCGGCCAUCAGCGCCUGCGACGGCCUGAAAGGUGUGUUCCGGCUUAACGACCAGGACUACUUCAUCGAGCCCCUGCGAGACGCCCAGGCCGAGCCCGGCAGCGCCCAGCCCCACGUGGUGUACCAGCGUCCGGCGUCCCAGGGGCAGGCUGAGCCGGGCAGCCCCGGGACCGGGGGCACCUGCGGGGUGCAAGCGCCCCAGGAGCGGGCGUUCUGGCAGCGGGCGGAGGGCGCCCAGCCGAAGCGGCAGCGGCGGUACCAGAGCUCGGACAGCAGGGAGAAGUGGGUGGAGACGCUGCUGGUGGCCGACGCGGACAUGGUGCGGCACCACGGCCAGCCGCAGGUGGAGAGCUACGUGCUGACCCUCAUGAACAUGGUGGCUGGCAUUUUCAAGAACCCCAGCAUCGGGAACCCCAUCCACAUCACGGUUGUGCGCCUGAUUGUGCUGCAAGACGAGGUGAGGGACAUGAUGGUCCAGCACGAGGCCCACAGCACCCUGAGCACCUUCUGCGAGUGGCAGAAGCGGCUCAACAUGGAGGAGGACUCCCACCCGCUGCACCACGACAUGGCUGUGCUGAUCACCAGGAAGGACCUGUGCACCUCCCGCAACCAGCCGUGUGAGACCUUGGGCCUGGCCCACGUGGGCGGCAUCUGCCAGCCCCACCUCAGCUGCAGCAUCAACGAGGACACCGGCCUGCCCACGGCCUACACCAUGGCCCACGAGAUCGGGCACAGCCUGGGCAUCCCGCACGACGGCGUGGGAAACCAGUGCCACCCGCAGGCUCCCCAGCUGUUCAUCAUGUCCCCGCAGCUGCUCUACAACUCCAGGCCCCUCAACUGGUCCCAGUGCAGCCGUGACUACAUCACCCGCUUCCUCGACCACGGCUUCGGCACCUGCCUGGACGACCCGCCGGCCAGGGACGUCAUCCCGCAGCCCGCCCUGCUGCCCGGGGCCCUGUACGACCUGAACCACCAGUGCCGCCUGCAGUACGGGGACAGCUCCACCCACUGCAGCGACCUGGGUGACCCCUGCGGCGUGCUCUGGUGCUCCGAGCUGCUCAGCUGUCACACCAAGAAGGACCUGGUGGUGGACGGCACGCCCUGCGGGGACCAGAAGUGGUGCCUGGGCGGGCAGUGCGUGUCGGCAGACCUGCAGCCCCAGGUGGUGGACGGCGGCUGGUCGGGCUGGAACGCCUGGUCCGCCUGCUCGCGGAGCUGCGGGGUGGGCGUGCAGAGCUCGGAGAGGCAGUGCACGGAGCCCGCGCCCAGGAACAGGGGCCGGUUCUGCGUGGGCGAGCGGCGGCGCGUGCGGCUCUGCAACGUGCAGGGCUGCGCGCCGGGCAGCCCCUCCUUCCGCGCCGUCCAAUGCGCCCAGUUCGACGCCACGCCCUACCGCGGCCGGCUGUACAAGUGGGUGCCGCAGCUGACUGACCUGGCGCCCUGCGAGCUGCACUGCAAGCCGGAGGGCGAGGCCUUCAGCGAGCGCUUCCGGGACGCUGUGCUGGACGGCACGCCCUGCCACGAGGGCCGCCGCGGCAGCAGGGACGUCUGCAUCGACGGCGUCUGCCAGAACGUGGGCUGCGACUUCCAGAUAAACUCUGGCGCCGCGGAGGACCGCUGCGGCGUGUGCAGGGGCAACGGCUCCACCUGCCACACCGUGAGCUGGGUCUUCCAGGAGCAUGCGCCCCUCGGGUACGUGGACGUGGGCCAGAUCCCGGCCGGCGCCCGGGAGAUCCUGAUCAAGGAGCUGGCCCCGUCUGGCAACUUCCUGGUGCUGCGGGGCCAGGACGCGGGCCGCUACCACCUCAACGGGCAGUGGAGCAUCCGGCACCAGGGCGCCCACCCCAUCGCGGGCACCGUCUUCUCCUACGUGCGCGACGGCCACCUGGAGCGGCUCACGGCGCCCGGCCCCACCAACGAGUCCCUCUGGAUCCAGAUGCUGUUCUAUGAGGCGAACCGCGGUCUGUACUACGAGUACACCAUCCAGAGGGACGCCAUCCCCCCGGGCGUGGCCACGGAGUUCUCCUGGGCCUAUGGGGCCUGGACCGACUGCCCGGUCACCUGCGGCAAAGGCCUGCAGAGGCAGGUGGCGUACUGCACGGAGCGGCACUACGGGGCGGUGGACAGCAGGUACUGCGAGUUCCUGGGCCCGCCCGAGGAGCGCCAGAGGGUAUGCGUCCAGGACCUCUGCCCCCCCAGGUGGUGGGCCAGCGACUGGCAGGCUUGCUCCCAGUCCUGCGGGCCCGGCGGCCUCCGGCGGCGGACGGUGUACUGCCUCCGCAGCCUGGGCCUGGGCACCUUCGCGGACAUGCUGCCCCCCGACUGCGGGGACGCGCCCGCGCCGCCCGCCGCGCAGCCCUGCAACCAGCACGUGCCCUGCCCGUCCCGCUGGGCCUUCGGGCAGUGGACCCCGUGCUCCGCGACCUGCGGGCCGGGCGUGAUCCGGCGGGCCGUGGCCUGCACCCAGGACGCCGGCGUCCCCUGUGACGAGGCCGAGCGGCCGCCCAGCCAGGCGCCGUGCCUCCUGCGGCCCUGCCUGGACGUCCCCGAGGGCCCCGAGGGCUCGGGCAGCGGCGGCGGCGGUGGCGGGCUGCUCGGCCAGGAGCUGGACAACGAGGUGGACUCCCUGCCCCGCCGCCUGGCGCACCGGCCUCCGCCCCCGGGCGCCGCGCUGCCCACUGAGCCGCCCGGCCCGGGCAACGCCAUCGACCAGGCCGGGCGGGAGCUGGGCCCGCCGGGGCCCUCCGUGGUGGACGACUUUUACUACGACUACAACUUCAUCCGCUUCCACGAGAACCUGGACGAGGACGGGGACGGGGACGGGGACGGGGAUGGGGGGCCGGGCCUGCACCCCUCUUCCUCCCCGUCGCCCCAGAGCGGCCCCUCGGAGCCCCCCGCGCCUCGGCCCAGCCCGGCGGGCCCCCGCCUGCCCCCGCCUCCGGGGCGGACGCCCUGGGACCCUCUGAUCAACUUCCUGCCCGAGGAGGACCCCCCCGUGGGGACCCCGCCCCCCGCGUCCGAGGGCCACACGCCUGCCACCCCUGGGACCCCCCAGGCGCCCCCGGCCCCCAGCCGGCCGCCCCCCCCGCGGUGGGAGAGCACCAACGAAGUCCCCGAGGAUGACGAGGGGGGCCCCCCGGGCCCGUUUCUCCUGCCGGGGUUCCCCGAGGCACCCCCGCUGCCCCCCGCCCGCCCCUCGCCCCAGCCCGGCCCGGAGGCGCUGUGGCCUGGCGUUUGGGGCGUCCCUCCCGCGGCCCCCCUGCCCGAGGCCCCCCCCGGCCCGGCCCCACGGGACCCGCAGACCCCAGCGGGGCCCGGGGGACAGGAGCCGGGGGCCCCGACGCCCCUGAGCCCGGCCGGGGCCAGCCCCCCCGACGGCAGCAGCGUCCCCCGGGCCCCGCCGGCCGGGAACGCCAGCUGGGAGGUGGGAGACUGGAGCCAGUGCUCCACCACCUGCGGGCUGGGCGCCUCCUGGAGGGGCGUGCGCUGCAGCUCGGGCCGCGAGGAGGACUGUGCGCCCGAGGGCCGCCCGCAGCCCGCCCGCCGCUGCCACCUGCGGCCCUGCGCCACCUGGCGCGCCGGCAACUGGAGCAAGUGCUCCCAGGGCUGCGGCGGGGGGCUCUCGGUGCGGGACGUGCAGUGCGUGGACGCCCGGGACCUGCGGCCGCUGCGGCCCUUCCACUGCCAGCCCGGGCCCGGCCCGCCGCCCGCCCGCCGGCCCUGCGGCUCCCAGCCCUGCCUGAGCUGGUACACCUCCUCCUGGCGGGAGUGCUCGGAGGCCUGCGGAGGGGGCGAGCAGCACCGCCUGGUGACCUGCCCGGAGCCCGGCCUGUGCCCGGAGGCGCUGAGACCCAACGCCACGCGGCCCUGCAACACGCACCCCUGCACCCAGUGGGCGGUGGGGCCCUGGGGCGAGUGCUCGGCCCCGUGCGGCGGCGGGGUGCAGCGCCGGGUGGUCCGCUGUGUGAACACCCACCGGGGGCUGCCCGAGGAGGACAGCGGGCGCUGCGCCCACGAGCCCUGGCCCGCCAGCGCCCGGCCCUGCGGCACGCAGGCCUGCGAGGUCUCCGAGCAGCGGCGGGGCUGCGAGCAGGACCAGCUGCCCUUCGGCUCCUGCGAGAGGCUCCGCCUCCUGGACCGCUGCCGGCUGCCCAGCAUCCGCGCCCAGUGCUGCCUCACCUGCCGCGCCUGA